AUGUCAAUAGAACUCGAACUUUUCCCCUUGGACGACGCACUACCACUACUUGAUGCUCCUGCUGCACCAUCUGCACCAACUACGGCCCUCUUAACAGCAUUAGCUUCUACGGUAUUAACUAGUACACUAUCGACUCCGACUGCAGCCGGCAAACCGACGACACCCGAUCCUGGCGCUCUACCAACAGCUACCACUGUUUCAACUUCUGCUGCAUCACAAUCACGGGUCCCGCGUUUAAUGGAUAUUCGAGUCCCGUUAAUGGCUAUCACUCCAUGGUUCCCACUAUAUAGUCAAGGCUACCACCCACGACGGAUCAUGGUGCUAGAGACUCCGAUGUCCCAGCAUCCGUCCACUCGUUUACGAGCUCAGUCAAAAUUUUUACCUGUUUUAUCGUUAAGUGGCCAAUAG